AAAAGCACCGUUUUCUACGUAAAUCCCAUAGGCCACAAAGUUUUCAACCCCCCUGCCCCCCUCAUGGCCUCACACGAUAAGCGCACCAUUUUUGUGAUACUAUAUCUAGCUAGUGAGUAAUAACAAAAAGAGCUAGCUAAUUGUAUUCUUAUUUUUCAUGUAGUCUACUACUGCCUCGCCAGUCACCCCCCCUUCUUUUUUGUUUCCUUCCUUCCUUCCCCACUAAGAAUGCCGGAGCUGGGUUUUCAAGAUUUGAGGUCGGGCCUCAGGGCCCGUGAUUUGAGCCCGGAUUCCGUCAUUUUCACUGCCGAAUCCAAUUUCACUAGCCUCUUCUCCUCCGCUUCUGCCAGUGUUGAGCGCUGCUCUUUCACCUCAGAUGUUCUCGAUCAAGAAUCUGUCUCCUCUGUUGUUUCUCAACAUUUGGCAGGGCAUGAAUUGUCUGAAGCAUUGAGUGGUCCAGAUCCAGAUCCGAACAAAUCAAAAUUACUUCACAGGAAUAGUAUUAGCCUCAGCAGAAAGGAAAAAUUAAAAGCUCAAAAACUAGAUAGCAGUGAGGCUGAGACCACAGAGGAUGAAAAUGUAGCCUUAGAUUCUGCAAGAAAUUCCUUCUCGCAAGCUCUUAAAGAAUGUCAAGACCGAAGGUUGAGAUCUGAAGUUGUGUUGAAAAAAGUAGACCGUCGAAGGCCUGCUUCUCUGGAUCUCAACAAUCCGGUGGCGAAUGCUGUAACUUCUACCACCACCUCACCAAGAUUUGGAGUCAUGAAGAAGCCGUCUGCUACUGCAGCACGAAGGACUGGAACGUUUCCUAGCCCUGGGACACCUAAUUAUCGACACCCGAGUGUUGGGAUCCAUAAAGGGUGGAGCUCUGAGCGCAUUCCACCGCAUACGAAUGCAAGCAGGAGGAAUGUGAGCACUGCAUUGCUGCCUUACAAUAAUGGGAGGACUCUGCCUUCGAAAUGGGAAGAUGCAGAGAGAUGGAUAGUUAGCCCUGUGUCCGGUGAUGGUGCUAUGAGAACCUCGCAGCAGCAGCCGCAGAGGCGGCCCAAGUCCAAGAGUGGCCCCCUCGGGCACCCCGGGGUUGCUUAUUAUCAAAUGUUUUCGCCUGCCACGCCCAUGUUUGAAGGCAGCCGUGGAGCUGAGAAACUAACAGCCAAUUCUCCCUUUUCUGCUGGAGUAAUGGCUGUGGAUGGCUUAUCUAUUCGAUAUGGAAGCUGUGAAGGCACGGGGAACUUUCUCACAGGCACGGAGCCUUGCAUGGCUAGAUCAAUUAGUAUACAUGGAUGUUCGGAGAUGAUAAGCCAGUCAUCACUGCCAGGAUCCCAGGAUGUUAAAUAUGAUGCGAGUGAGGACGCUGCCAACAACAUAUCUCGUGCUGUUUCAAGGAGGGAUAUGGCGACUCAGAUGAGUCCGGAGAGUAGCAACCAUUCCUCGCCUGGAAGAGGCUCUUCAUUCUCUCUAGCUACUCCGUCUAUUCUACCCAUUGUAGAAUCGCAGAGUAUGCGUUCCUCCAAACCAGAGAUGAGGGACGUGCUAGUUGACGAGCGUGUCACAGUGACAAGGUGGUCCAAAAAGAAUAGGGGAAGAGGCAGUCGGAAUGCUGAUGACUGGAGAAGAAAAGCUGUAAACUUUCACUCUACUGCUAGUUGGGAAGUUUCGACUGAGACGUCUAAGAGUAUUUCAAAGAUUCAGAGGGAGGAAGCCAAAAUUACUGCAUGGGAGAAUCUGCAGAAAGCAAAAGCUGAAGCUGCGAUAAGAAAACUCGAGAUGAAAUUGGAAAAGAAGAGGUCUUCAUCCAUGGACAAAAUUAUGAAGAAACUGAGAUCCGCGCAAAAGAAGGCCCAGGAAAUGAGGGUGAACCAGACCACCAGCCGUGUAGCGAGACCCUCAGAGAGAGCAUUAUCCUUUCGAAGGGCUCGACCAAUUAGUUCAUUGAGUGGAUGCUUUACCUGUCAUGCUUUCUAGUGCACAACAUCAGCCAAAAGGGAUGCUCUAGAUUGAGUGGAUUCAUAUUUGGAAACGCUUGAAAUAUAUAUAUUUGUUUGGUGGAACUGAGGUUGCACAAGUUAUUGUAUGAUUGUAAGUAUUUGUAUCCUGAAUUUACAGUGUAUCCAUAUGUCAAAUGGUGAUCCCUUUAUUCAUAUUAAUUAAUUCGUGGAUUAACUGAUUAGUUGAUCUAUAUGCAAAA